CUCAGAGCUCAGCCGAGGGAGAGGACCGAAGAGCCAUGCUUGCGGCGGUGGGCUCCCUGGCGGGCGCCGCCUGGGCAGUGCUCCAUCUCCGCGCCCUCCUGCUGGGUGCCGUCGCCUUUCUGUUCUUUGCUGAUUUCCUCAAAAGACGGCGCCCAAAGAACUACCCGCCAGGUCCCCUACCCCUGCCCUUCGUGGGCAACUUCUUCCAUCUGGACUUUGAGCAGUCGCACCUGACGAUUCAGCGGCUUGUGAAGAAAUAUGGAAACAUUUUGAGCAUGCAGCUAGGUGACUUGCCUGUAGUUGUUAUAACUGGAUUGCCCUUGAUCAAAGAAGUCCUUAUCGACCAGAACCAAGUCUUUGUGAACCGCCCUAUGACUCCUAUCCGAGAACGUAUCUUCAAGAACAAUGGAUUGAUCAUGUCCAGUGGCCAAACAUGGAAGGAGCAAAGAAGGUUCACCCUGGCGACCCUAAGGAACUUUGGUCUAGGAAGGAAGAGCUUAGAGGAACGCAUUCAGGAGGAAGCCCAUCACCUCAUCCAGGCAAUAGAAGAAGAGAAUGGACAGCCUUUCAACCCUCACUUCAAGAUGAACAGUGCAGUUUCCAAUAUUAUUUGCUCUAUCACCUUUGGGAAGCGCUUUGAGUACGAGGAUGAACAGUUUCAGGAAUUGCUGAGGUUGCUGGAUGACGUCACGUGUCUGGAGGCAUCAAUGAGAUGCCAGCUCUACAACAUCUGUCCACGGAUUAUGAAAUUUCUUCCUGGACCUCAUCAAACACUCUUUAGCAACUGGGAGAAACUGAAAUUGUUCAUUGCUCAUAUGACUGAAAACCACAGGAGAGACUGGAAUCCUGCUGAACCAAGAGAUUUUAUUGACGCUUACCUCAAGGAAAUGGAAAAGAAUAGGGGCAAUGCUACUUCAAGUUUCCAUGAAGAAAACCUCAUCUAUAGCACCCUGGACCUCUUCUUUGCUGGAACCGAGACAACUUCAACAACACUGCGCUGGGGUCUGCUUUACUUGGCCCUCAACCCAGAAAUCCAAGAAAAAGUCCAUGCUGAGAUCGACAGGGUGAUUGGCUGGUCACAGCUGCCAAGUAUAGCCACUCGAGAGUCCAUGCCCUAUACCAAUGCCGUCAUUCAUGAGGUGCAGAGAAUGGGAAACAUCAUCCCCCUGAAUGUGCCCAGGGAAGUGACAGGUGAUACCAUGCUUGCUGGAUACUACCUGCCCAAGGGGACCAUGAUCCUGACCAAUCUGACUGCACUGCACAGGGACCCUGCAGAAUGGGCCACCCCUGACACUUUCAAUCCGGAGCAUUUCCUGGAGAAUGGACAGUUUAAGAAAAAGGAAACCUUUCUGCCUUUCUCAGUAGGAAAGCGGGUAUGCCUUGGAGAACAGUUGGCCAAGUCUGAGCUGUUUAUUUUCUUCACUUCCCUUGUGCAAAAAUUUACCUUCAGGCCCCCCAACAAUGAAAAGCUGAGCCUGAAGUUCAGAACGGGCCUCACCAUCUCCCCAGUCAACCACCAACUCUGUGCAGUCCCUCGGUCGUGAAGUUGUUGAGAGGGAGAGGAGAAAGGAAAGCAAGAAGUGCCGUGUCCUCUGAAGGCACUGGCGCCUGCUCAGAAAGGAGGGGAUGGAAUGGAAAGUGACUCUGAGGGACGAUCGUAGGAACUGAACUCAGAGGAAGCAUGAUCCAAAUCCCAGCCUUGCUAGCAGAUCUUUUAUGUUGUGAAUGAUUUACCUUUUCAUCCAAGAGAUGAAAAGCAGAUAAUGAUUCCUCCUCUAAAGGAAUAGCUGCUGUGAGAAUCAGAGGGAAUAAUGGACUUUGAGUGGUUUGGGAAACCAUACAGCUUAUCAUAAAAAUUUUAGCUGAAAUCGGCGUCUUUCCUGCUUGCUUCUUUAGAGGUGGUUUUGCUUCUAGCCUGUGGAGGUGGCUCAGGUCACAGUGGUGCCAAAUGAUUGAUAAGAGUUAGAAUUUGGACGCUGGGGCAGCCAGAGGCUGACCACAAAUGCUCUCACACUUGGUGGCACUAUGCAGGCUUUAUUUUGCUCCCACCUUAGAAUGGCCCUCUGGGAAGUCAGCCAGGCAGCUAUCACUCCCUGUUUAUAUUCAGGUUUCUAUGAGAAGGCAGUUUCUGUGGUUUACCUAACCUAAGGAAACACUACCUUGGCUUUGGAAUCAGGACCAAGCAGAGUGUGACUACUACCAACUAAACCCAGGGAACAGGUUUGGGGAACAAUGUGGAAUUAUGUUCUGUCCUUAAGGGUACCUCUUUGUCUUAAUUCCUCUUUCAGGCAUCUCUUCUCAAGCUGUUCACAUUGGAUUUAACUAUGGGGUGGAGGUGAACUUUUCUUGCAAAUAGAUGGUCAGAUUUUGAAUGGUUAAGUGUUACCAGCCUAAAUUCAACUGGGCCCUGGUGCAAUAUUUUAUAGUAGGGAGCCAGAAAUGCCAGAA